ACUGGCAAGUUCCGAAUUCCUUCUUAAUAUAUUUUAUCUAAAUCUGUGCCAAAUUGCAGGUAGAUACUAGACAUGGGCAGUGGGCAGUUGCUAUAGACCUGCACGGGAAGGUAGAUGCUCCUACCCCCAUGAGUCUCGGUCAGAUGGGGGUUCGUCAGCCUGGGAAGGCAGUCCAUCUAGGAGAGGGAAAACUCAUGACCGAGGGGGGCCUACUACCAGACAUGGGUCACAAAAGUUCAAUUCUAGACACUCUUUUGAUGCUUGGACCACAGCCUAUAUGCAAUCUUACUAUCAUUAACAGGACCUCAUUGGGCUUUAUCUUGCACUAAGCAUUAUACCCUUUAUACUGUAUCUAAACACUGUGGAUGGCUCGAUUGGAAUCAUGUAUAGUUUAGUUUAGUUUUGUUUAUAGAUACAGAGCAGAAACAGGCCCUUCGGUCCACCGAGUCCCCGCCGAUCGGCGAUCCCCAUUCACUAGCACCAUCCGACAUACUAGGGACAAUAUUACAAUUUUGUCAAAGCCAAUUAACCUACAAACCUGUACGUCUUUGGCAUGUGGGAACCGGAGCACCCGUUGAAAACCCAUGCAGUCACGGGGAUAGUAUACAAACUUCGUACAGACAGGAUCCAAAGUCAGGAUCGAAUCUGGAUUCUCAGGGGCUGUAAGGCAGCAGCUCUACCUCUGCACCACCAUGCCGUCCUAGUCUUUUCACUGACUGGAUAGCAGGCAACAAAAAUAAUUUCAUUGUGACGAUAAUAAACUAAAUUAAAUAAAUAAAUACAUUUACCAAAGCACAGAAAUGCUCUUGCGUUCAUAUUUUAAUUCACACUUCUGAUGAAAACCAGUCAAUUUGAAACUAUAACCCCCCUCCCCUCCUCUCAUCCCUUCCCACCUCUUUUACCCCUCUUUACAACUGCUGCCUCGCAGUUUACUGCAGUUUUCUGGAUAGCAGGGAUAACGGUUCAGCACUUUAAUUGUGCGCCUGUUUCAGAAUGUCUACCAGAUGUCUCAAAAUAACCUGGCGAUCAUACUCAUUGUAUUACAGUAUAUAACAGCGAGUCAGUUUGACUGAUGCACGUCAGAAAUGUUCAAUUGUUUCCAGAUUCCGGUUCAGACCCUUUAUUGAAGCCAAGAAAUACAUUUUACUCUAGAUCCUAACGCCAGAUAGGGGGUGAAUUCGCAUCAUCUCUUCCCUCUUUCAAAAUGCCCGUCCACCACAAAAUCGUGAAGCUGGAAUCUCCACAUAUUACACCUGCCAUGGCUUAUUUAACUCGGUUGAUGGCAUCAAAGAAGAAGUCCCGCGGCUUUCCAGCUCCAGGCUGCAAUUAACUUCCUGUCCAUCUUUAAAAGCUGACACUGAGGAUGCAGACAUGAUGUGGAGCAAUGAGGAGGGCAACAGGUCCAUGUAGCGAGUGUUCUCAGCUGCUACUGAUCUGCGCCUGUGCUCAACUCUGCUGAGGACCAUAAGAUAACAGGGUAAGUCUGACAUCAAGCAGUUUGUACAUCAGAAUCAUCCUAGCGUCUGCAAUGCAAGUUGGUUCGGAUUGCAGCGAUCUGAACGCUAAGUAAAGGUCCACCUGACGGUGACUUUGAGAGAGAUGGCAGUGAUCUCGCAGUAAUUAGAAAACGCGUUUAAGUCUUAACUCGCCGGAGGCUGCGGCUGAAACCACCAUUGAAGCUCCAAAGGACUGUAACUAUAUUCAUUGAUCGUAAAACUCUCUCAGUCAUUGAGGCAAACGAGGGUCUGCUGGGUUUGGCUCUCCAGAAAUAAGAAAAACAAUAGUUUAUUUGUCUCGUCCCACUUAACCUCAAUGUGCAACUUUGAGUGCCUUGGGCUACCUGCUGUAUUCUUUCUGCUUUCAGCUGUCCAGUGAAACUGAUCAUAGUCAAUGUCUCAUUACAUUGACAAUGAAACAUUAAAAUAGCCACAUGGCCUGAAUGAGACCACUUGUUUCUGAGGCGUGUAACUCAUUUUUCGCCGGGAUUUUCACGCCAAGCAAAACAAAGACCUGAAACAUGGAACAUUUUCCGCCGCAGCCCGUCUCGGUGAACACAUCCUGCACAGGGGAUCAGGCGAGCUGUUCGCCCGCUGGUGCCAACAGCACCAAUUCGACGGGACCGGGGCAAUACCCUGACUUCUAUAUCGCCAUACCCAUCAUCUACUCGGUGAUAUGCGCCGUUGGGUUAACGGGCAACACAGCAGUGAUCUAUGUUAUACUCAAAGCCCCGAAAAUGAAAACGGUGACCAAUAUAUUCAUCCUGAAUCUGGCCAUCGCGGACGAACUUUUCACUCUAGUGUUACCCAUUAACGUGGCGGAUUACCUUCUGCUGCAGUGGCCCUUUGGCGAAUUUAUGUGCAAGUUGAUCAUUUCCAUUGAUCAAUACAACACCUUUUCCAGCAUUUACUUCUUGACCGUGAUGAGCAUCGACCGCUACCUGGUGGUCCUUGCCACGGCCAGGUCCAAGAAGAUCUCACACCGCACCUACAGGGCGGCCAAGAUAGUCAGCGUCUGCGUCUGGCUCUUCGUUACCGUCAUUAUAUCGCCCUUCACCAUUUUUGGCAAGAUCCACGACGACAAGGGCAGGUUGCAGUGCGUCUACGUAUUCCCACAUCCCGAGGUUCUGUGGUGGAAGGCUAGUCGGAUCUACACACUCCUGAUGGGGUUUGCCAUUCCAGUCUCCACCAUCUGCAUCCUCUACACGAUGAUGCUGUGUCGAUUGAGAAACAUGCGUUUGAACACCAAUGCCAAAGCUCUUGACAAAGCAAAGAAAAAGGUGACCAUAAUGGUGAUGGUCAUCCUGGCGGUUUGCCUCUUCUGCUGGACGCCCUACCAUUUGAGCACAAUAGUGGCGUUGACAACAGACAUACAACAGACCACGGUUAUCAUUGGGAUCUCCUAUUUCAUCACCAGCCUUAGCUAUGCUAACAGUUGUCUUAAUCCUUUCCUCUAUGCCUUUCUGGAUGACAGUUUCAGAAAAAGCUUCCGGAAAUUGUUGGAAUGCAGAGCUGCGCCUAAUAUUUAACAUUGAGUUGCAUGUAAUUAUACACGAUCUACUUCAAAAGCUGUUCAGAGACACCAAGACGCCCUAUUUAAAAGACUGUUAGUCAGCUGAUAACGUCCUUGAAAACAAAAACUCUGCGAGUCAAAUUAAAAAUAAGAUUGACACUGUGGGAAUAUAAAUUUUCCUCAGCGUGAUAUGUAUAAAUAUUUUAAAUAUGUAUGAUAUUAAAUGUUGAAGAUAAUUUGAGUAUAUAGAUAAUUUUGUUGCGAAUAGUUUGUAUUGUGAUGUGUGAUCAUAUAUAUGUAUUGAUUCACUAAUAUAGAAGACCAAGCAUAAGGGUACAGUGUUAAUGAAUGCAUGCACAUGAAACUAUUUAUGAAUCGCCUAUCACUCAAAGAUUUUGUACACGGCAAAAGCAAUUUAUACAUCAUGAAAAAUUCUCCAUGUCUAUCCUUAAUAAGGCAUGCUCCUGUGCAUUUUACCAUUUCAUAUGCACCUUUUCAUACGUAAAUAAUUGCAAAAUUCAUGGGCAAUGUGUAAACUGAAAAAAAAAAAAUUAAGCUGUUCAUAGAGAAUUGGCAUUAAGUAUCAAUGAAAUGUAUAGAUGUCUUAAUUACCAUUACAUUUAAACAACUUAUAAAUCAAUGUAUUGUCAAUGACACUAUGAUAUCUUCUGUAAAUGUUUAUAUUCCUUCAUUUUGGCAGCCAUCUUCUUUAUUCGAGUGACUUCCUAUAGUCACCAAUCACUAUCAAUAAAUAUAACGUUUGUGAUUAAAGUCAUGUCAAGCCUUGUUAGUUGUUUCAUAGCCGACCAUUGGCUUGCCCUUGUUUUUGUUUCUGAUGAAUUACGGGAAACUGAUGAACUUACCUUAACUAGUCACAUAUGACACAAACAGGCUGCCAACAUUGGGUGAGUGUUGGGAGUGAGAAAUUGCGGGAGA